AUGAGAACCUUCGUCCUUCUUGCCGCCGUUACCCUUGCCGUCCUCGUUUCCUUUACCCAGGCCAACGACAUCGAAUGUGCCAUGUGCAAGAUGUCCGUCAAGAUUGUUGACCCAAUGCUCGGAGAAGAUACUGAGGAUAUCAAGAAGGCCGUCGACGCUGAGUGCAAGAAGGAAUUCCACAGCAUUCCAUUCGGAACCCAAGAAUGCAAGAAGUUCAUCGACACCAAAUUGGACCCAAUCAUCCACGAGCUCGAGAACGGAACAGCACCAAAGGAUGUGUGCACCAAGCUCGGCAUGUGCUAA